UCGUUUUCCAAUCGUAAGACCAGGAAACUCAUCCCGAGUCCCGACUGCUGCGGUGAAUAACAGCGACCCACCGAGUCUACAGCCGUGUAAAACUUUGAGUGAGAGGCCAGUGAAUACAGGGAAUUGAAAUGGCAGAAUCUGCCAUAGUCAAAUAUCUCUGCGGGAACCUCGGAUCCACAAACAGGGAAGAACUGGUUGCCAACUGUGUAUUCGGAGACGCCUCGACGGUAAACAAGAUCAUUAGCAACCAAGACCGGUUCGCCAACGCGCAUUAUAAUGGAGAGAAGCGUCUGAUCGCCAAGACGGCUCUCCGACUGUGCAGAAGGCUGGUGUGCGCUGGACCUGGAUGCAGCAGUUUACAUCUCUGUAAAACCUACCUGUACGGCGAGUGCCAGUUUGUUCCUGGAAGGCGGGCCGAGUGUUCCUUCUCCCACGACCUCCACUCCGAACACAACGCCGGACUGCUGAGAACACACGGUUUGGAAGAUCUGGACAAGAAGGAGAUAUGUGUGUUGCUGCUGCAGAACGACAUGGCACUGCUCCCCGAUGUGUGCUUCGACUACACCAACACCGGAUGCCAGGAGGGCUGCAAAAGGAUCCACAUCUGUGAUAACUACCUGCGUCGUAACUGCUGCUGCCCGCGGUCCCACGACUUCUACGAGCCACAGCCCUUCGAGGUGCUGCAGAAGAGCCGCAUCCCCAACGACCUCAUGGCGUCCAUGAAGCCGCUGUACAUCAACAAGAGGGUCCUGAGUGGAAUCGAGCACAAGGCCAAGCAGGCAGGACAGACCAAUCAGGUCCCUGGGGCUCUUGGAGCUGGUGGUGGUGGUGGUGGUGGUGGUGGUGGUGGUGGUGGUGGUGGUGGUGGUGGAGAUGGUACUGCUGGCGGUGCCGUUGCUAUUGGUGCUGCUGAUGCUGCCGUUGCCAUCGGUGCUAUUGGUGCCGGUGUUAUCGGUGGAGCUGGAGCUCCAGGAGUUGGAGCUGGUGGAAGGAGAAGACAGCCUCAAGAUAAAACCGAGAUUUGCCUGUACUUCCUUAAAGGCACCUGUAGACACACCGUAGAAAGGUGUUUCCGAGCCCAUUGCAGGCUGCCUUACAGCUGGGAAGUUCUGGAGGGCCAUCAGUGGACGCUGCUGGAUAGCUCAGAGAAGAUAGAAGAGGAUUACUGUAACCCCAAAAAGACAUACAGCAUGGUGGAUGUAGAAGCGGUGUGCUUUGACACCAUGACGCGCGGACUCCAGAAGGUCAGGCGUCUCUCCUCCAUCUCCUCAGUCCUCCAGCCCACCUUCCUACUCACCACCGAGUGGCUCUGGUACUGGGAGGACGAGGAUGGGAACUGGAACCAGUACGAUUCACCAGUGAGUUCAGCACCAUCGCAAAGCGGCGCCAGCCUGAAUCGGCUCACAUCCGCAGAUACCAACAGCAGCACAGAGCUGGAGAAGCAGUUCCAGAACGACCCCCAGGAGGUGGUGGAGUUCACCGCAGGGUCCCAGGCCUACACACUCAGCCUCCAGGACAUGAUCCAGACCAAUAAGAAAUACGGCACCAAGAGGGUGGUGAGGCGACGGCCUCGGUUCCUGUCCUCCGCUGACGUGCAGGUCAUCAGGACGAGAAGGCCUCAAAAUGGUCCAACCAAUGUCCUAGUUAUGCCAAGACACUGGGACAGGACCCAGGUUCCUGCGACUGGACAUAAGAAAGUUCUGCUGCAAGAUUCGUCCGAAGAAUACAAGGAGGUGGAGACGCUGUUUCGUCAGACGAUGACCGACUUUGACAUAGUGAAGAUUGAGAGGAUUCAGAACAAGAGUCUCUGGGACCACUUUCAGUUGCAAAGGGAGCAAAUGAAGACGAAGAACGGGGGCCGUUGCGUGGCCGAGAGGAAGCUGUUCCACGGCACAGACUCCAAGUACAUCGACGCCAUCUGCUGCUCGAACUUUGACUGGAGGAUCUGCGGAACCCACGGGACCGCCUACGGCAACGGCAGUUACUUCGCCCGGGAUGCCAGCUACUCCCACAACUACACCGGGAACGCCGCGACGGUCCGCUCCAUGUUCGUGUCCCGGGUGCUGGUGGGCCACCACACCCGGGGCAAGGCCGGCUACGUGCGCCCGCCCUCCAAGGACGGCGGGGACACCCUCUUCUACGACAGCUGCGCCGACGACAUCCGCUCGCCCAAAAUCUUUGUCGUCUUCGACCGGGCUCAGAUCUACCCGGAGUUCCUGCUCACGUACGAGGAGAAGGCGUCGGCCUCGGAUGACUGGUCCUGGGUCACAGCCCGUGCCGCGCCGGUGGUGCAGCCCACGCCUGUGGUGAAGCCCACGCCCGUGCCCACAGCCACGCCUGCGAGGGUGUACGGCAACACUUCCUCGUUCUUGAAUUCCGUCCCUCCACCACAGCGCUACGCCCCCCCACUGCAACCCUACGUCAGCCCCCAACCUACGAGAUACAGCCCCCCGCCCCCGACGUACCCCAGCCCGAAGCCGAAGCCAAAGGACUCAUGUGUGGUGUGCUAGGGCGGGGCAGGCAGUGUUGGCAAAGUUCACUUUCUAAAUGAACUAGUUCAAAGUUCAGUUCACAAAUUUUUUAACUAUUUUCUUAGUUCAAAGUUCCAAAAAUUAACUACCGGUAGUUCAUAAUAAUUUUUUCAAUAUGUUGCUGAAAGCUAUUAUUUUUCAAAAUUAUGGCCACAGCCCAUAUAGAAUGACAGACAGCAAUUAUUUGAUCAGUUUUUAACCCUGAAACUAUGCGUCAGAUUUCAUCUUCAUAUCCAAUUAUGAAUCCUUAUCCAACCAGGGUUUACAUUAGCAUUUAGGGGACAGCCUUUCCCCACUGAUGCUUUAACGCUUGGUUGUUGUCCAAUCAGUCCACACUACUGGCCGCUGCAGCUUUCACCCCUGCAGUAUAUUCUCAAAAACAUGAGGAAAAACUUGCUGUCUUUUUAAAUGAGGAAUUAUUACAAGAAAAACAGGAAAGAAUUCCUUAGGGUGCAAUAAUAAUUUUCCAUUUCAAAUUCUAUUUCACUACAUACUUAAAAGGAAUACUUGAAUCCUCGAAAAGACAGGUUAAUCAAACUAGUUUUGCUGAACGAGUGUGUUACGAGUGGCGGGGCGUGCACUUAUUUAACAUGCCCGCGGUAUUCAAAGACUUGGAAUAUUUAAAUAUUCUAUGAAACUUAAAACUGAACCAUUUAUUCGUUAGAGUUGGAUUUAUACUCAAUGCAGGAACACUAUUGGAAGGAUUUGGAACUAAAUGAAUUGUUUGGAGUGCCGCGGCAGAACAAAUCAAGGAAUGGGUGCAGUUAGCAGUUUUUUGCCCAUAGAAGGCAAAUCCGUUAAACAUAGACUGUUAAACAAUAUCCCCCCGACCUCGGAGAUAAUCAGAACAGCUGGUCAGGUGAAAUGAAUUGAUCGACAGAAUAAAAACAUCCUAAUUUUUACAUGACAUAGGUCUGCAUGCAUUUGUUAGAUUGCUCAAACCAUGUUUGCAUAUUUAGUCUUCUUUUUCUCGACUCUCCAGCAUUCUCUCAGCAUCCCCAUAAUUAAUGGCCUCGUGUGCAAAGAAAGGCGGGAUUUCCGACGCUCCUUUUACAGUAAACCACUUUGAACGUUCAAAUAACCCUGAGAGUUAAGUCUCUAUCGGUCCCAACAUUUCGAAACAGAAUCGAAAAAGUCCAAGAGUGAAUUGGGUCAGUGGGGGUGAGGGUCGGUGAGUGAGGGUCGGCGACUAUCCCCAAUGAAGAAUGUCGUGUAGAGACUAAAGCGCAUGACAUUAAGAAAUAAUCACACUAAUUAAGAAUAACGAUAAUUUGAAUGAAAUUUAUAUUAAUGACCAAUUGGGGCGCAGGCCUCAUGAAGGUCGCGUCCCCGGUGUUUUGCUGAGUCAUGGUGUGUCGAGUCAUGGAGACACGUACGCCCCUGGAGGACUUCGGGAAUCUGUUUUGGUUUUAGUACCUUUCCCAUCUGUAGAAGGGCUUUGGGUCUCGACUCGUUCAACAUGUUUCAUGUUUCAUCUAAUCUGAAAAGCCUGAGGUUUAGUAAAAAGACAAUGUAUUGAUACAUUUUCUGUUGUACAUUAAAAUGAUAUGAUAUAUACAUAGAGAAAAAUGCUUUAUGGUAACCAACAUUUGCGUAGCGAUGCGCUGCUAUUUGAUUGCCCAGUUGAAUGAUUUUUCAAAUCUAUGGAAACCACGGCUGGCCUUAACGAAGGAUUCACUCCGAAUCCUGUUCGUCCACACGUCAGGGAGAGGACUUCAUCAAGAGUGUAAAUAAAACAUUUAAAUGUCUGUACCGACUGUGGCCAGCAGAGGGCAGCAACUACACACGAAUCAACGACCAGUCAUAAUUGUGUUUAAUUACUUUAAAAAACAGGUUGGUUUGCAGGGUUAUAUACAUCAUUUAUUUGCUACAGUGUGUAUCAUCCUGAAGGAGCAAUCUGUGAUAGCUUGUGUAACUCCAAAAAAAAAAAAGUAUAUAAAUUGAUUGAAAAAUC